CAUUCAAUAUUAAUUUAUCCCUUCGAUGCACCUCACCAUACUCGGAGUAUUUUGUGGAAUUCUCAUCCUCAAUGAUCCACAUCGCCAUCCAAAAAGGUAAAACAACAAGCUUUACCCGUUACCAAAAACAUCUCCACGUGUUCGACGUUUCUGGUCCAUAUUUUGAGCCCUCCCUGAAUAUGGCAUGGUUCCGAUGGGGGAUCGUGUUCCGCUAAUUUCCACCCAGCGGAAGAAAGUGAGAUGCCAUCCCCCCACAGACACACAUACACAACACCCGUCCGGAACCGGAGUGGCGCGGCAGUUGAGAAUUAGCUUCAAUUAUUACAGAGAUUCGUCGUUCAGCGUCGAUGUGCGAUGGCAGCCGUAUAAAAUGCUGCCCACCCAUGCUUUUGGGUCGCAUUCGCGCUACAUCCGUGUGCCACAGUGAACGGGGACAAAUUGUACAGUGAUAUUGGUGGGGUGAAGCGUGUGUGUUUAUUUCGUGUUUGUGGAAUAAAAGGAUCAGCCAAACGUGUCUUUGUCGUUUCGUGUGCUAUUAUUGUUUGGUGGAAAAUUGCGUUUGCGUGAAGUAGUGAACCGGUGAUUAUGGCUUUACUUAAGCAGCUGCUGCUAAUGGCAGCCAUGCUGGUGCUGGUGGUAGGACAAGAUCUUGCCGAGUCAAACACGCGAUCAGUUGAUGAGGGUCGGCGAAGAAAGCGGUUCUAUAAGUUCUUGUUCAAAUCUCUUGGUCCGAUCCUUUCCACCCUCUCGACCGUGGUGCUCGUGAAGGCAAAGAUCGUCCUGGUGGGUCUUUUUUUAGCUGGAAUUUACUUCUUUGGGCACAAAAUAUUUCCGGGUGGCUUUUUCGGUUCAUCGUUCAUUAGCGAGACACCGCCACCGUUCCUGGAGUCGAGCCCGUACACCAGCUACCAUUCGGGGCACGAGAUCAUCUCCAGCUACCCGGGACCGGAGCCGACGUUCACCAGCUUUGACCACUCGUCGAGCAGUUACGGCACACCGGCUUCCUCGUACGGGCCACCUUCGAACGCUUAUCUGCCACCGACGUCCGACACUUCGUCCUACUCCUCCUACUCGAAGUACAGUGGAACGAGGCGCAAGCGUGAUGCUGAGGCGGGUAGACAGCAAACGGCCGGAAGUGAUGCGAAUGAGGAUGAACUGGAAGAAAAUGAGAUGUACUGGACGGACACACUAACCGAUAUGACCUUCCGCUUUCUGGGCGUGAAUCGACGCGUCUGUCGGAAGCGGUUCGUGUGCGAGUUUGAUUUCCAAGCGCGGCGGAACCCGCUCCUCCUCUUCGUCACACGUGCCAUUGGCCGUGAUGUGUUCCACAACUAUCGUGACGCUGGUGAUGAGAAGGCGGCCAGCUACAGUGACUGUGGCCGCAUCUACGAGGACUGCAAGGUGCCGAAGAGGAAAAAGUUCGCCCGUCGACCGGUUCGCCCUGUAGGCCCUCAGCAGCAGCAGCAUUGGUCGUCGUCUGAUCCGGUUGAUGAUAUGCAGGAGAAUGAAAUUGAUUCGACCGCUUCGACGUACGAAACUACCACAGUUAGCCCUGGCAGAAGCAAACUGAUUCUGCUCCCGAAGCGUCCGAAUCGCUUCCGAAGAAACUAACUCGGGGGUUCGUCGCUUAGCAGUUUCGUGAAGCGUGAUUUAGCUGUAACUAAGAGGAUAAUCUAUUUAUUUAUUUAUUUAUUGCAAUUUAAAGAAAGGCAAAAUAAAAGGAAAAUAAAAUAAAUUAAAAACCGUUUUUUUUUUCAUUACUACCACACACCACACCAUGUCGUCCCUUUAUUUUUCUUCGAAAUGAUUCAUGUCUGACUACAACACACCCCUCUUUGCGUGCUACACGAUGAUUGCCUCUCUACCGAUGACGCAGGCCUUUUCUAGGACACUUUUUUGGUUUUCUUCUUCUUCAUCCCAUCGAUAGUGGACGCAAGGACGUCGAUGUCGCGCGUAUCGAUGUG